AUGUCAAGGGCAGGAGGCCGAGUCGCCAGCCCGUUCCGGGUGACCAUUACACCGGUCAGCAGUCCGAAACUGGCAAGCAAAAACUCACACGACAAACCAAGGACACCUCUCAGUUAUAGAAGAGGCCAGUUUAACGCACGACUUCGCUCGGAGUCGCCAUGUACCCUUCAAGUCCCGCAACUCUCUCGAGUCCGUAACUCCAGUCUCUCCCGCGGAAGGACAGGCAAGGGAGAUAACCAGGACAAUGAUGAUUCUCACACGAGGAGCCGGAGUUACUCCCCUUUUGGACACUCGAAACAGGCCCUACCGUGUGGGUCUCCAGUGUUUGAGAGAGUUCUUUCUGACAUGCGCUCUAACUCGGACCUCUCCGUAAAUAAUGGAAGCCGGAACGUGAAAACGAAAUGAUUGUAAAUGACCAUCAAAUGCAUGUUCAUCAUAAAAGACUCUGCCUGUGAUUUUGUGACUAAAUAGGGAUGCAUGGAGCAGAACGCAACCGUGUGAAAUGAAUAUAUGUAGAUUGGCGAUAUAUAGUAG